CAUCAGCAUUCAGUUGUGAUUUACACUCCGUAGUAUAUACACGUAUUGUAGAUGUAAUUUACUUGAAAUGUGUUUUUUAGUUACUUGAUAUUAAAAAGUAACUUGGUGUUCUAAUGGUUUAAUACUAUUAUUUUCUAUUAAUUAUAUUCGAACGCAUCCGGUUCCAAAACCUUGAAAGUUUUGGUUUUUUUUUCGAUUAAAGUUUUUCCUUGUUUGAGGACAAGAGCGAAGAUGAGGUUGUUACUUGUGAUAUUUUUAGUUCCGAUAACAAUAUGCAGUUCAAACAUUCCCAUCACAUCGGAGCUCUUGGAGAGCGUCUUUGGAAACCCAGACAGUGGAGCUAGUCCAGUAGCGAUAUCAUCCCAGGUGGUACCUGUUACACCAAUUCCCGAUGCCAUAACAAAUACGGAAUAUCUUGACAUGUACGUGCCAUCUGAGGCCGAUUACGAUAAAUUCGACUGGUCGCUUACUAAGCGAGUAGCUUCAAGUUCGCAAGCGAACUUCCUCAUAUCACCAUUGGGAUUAAAACUGGCUCUUUCCAUACUCACGGAAGCAGCAACGGGAUCAACACAAUCUGAGCUUUCAUAUGUGUUAGGUUUCGACCGUGAUACAAAUGUUGUGAGACGAAAAUUCGCUAUGAUCUUGAGCUCAUUGCAGACUCAAUCUUCACAGUAUAUCCUAAACUUAGGAAGCAGAAUAUAUCUCGGACCGACCGUAAUACCUCAACAGCGUUUUGCUGCAAUUUCUGAACAGUUCUAUAAGACUGAAAUAAAAACUUUAGAUUUUAGUAAGCCUGAAGAGGCUGCUAGCGCUGUAAAUUGCUGGGUUUCCAACAUAACUGAAGGGAGAAUUCCGGAUCUGGUGAAGACAGAUGAUGUGUAUGGCGUAUCAGCUUUAGUAUUGAAUACUAUUUUCUUCAAGGGAACAUGGCAACAUCAGUUCGCACCUAAUGCGACUAAGCAAAAUUCAUUCUACGUCUCAAUUAAUGAUAAGAAAGAAACUCCUUUCAUGAACAUAAGAGAUAAAUUUUUCUUUGCUGAAUCUAAAAAAUUCAACUCCAAAAUCUUAAGGAUGCCAUACUUGGGCAAUAAAUUUGCAAUGUAUAUAAUCGUACCAAAUUCAUUGACUGGAUUGCCUUAUAUUUUCGAUGGAUUAAGUGAAUUACGCUCUGAACUGUACUACCUCCAAGAAUAUUUUGUUGACGUCACUCUGCCGAAGUUCCAAUUUGAAUACACUUCGCAACUAGACGGGGUUUUAAGAGAGUUGGGUAUAAGGCAAGCGUUUGAAGAUACUGCUUCAUUCCCCGGUCUCGCUCGCGGUCAACUGCUCUCCAACAAACCGAAGAUCUCUAAAGUAUUACAACGAUCUGGCAUUGAAGUAAACGAAUUGGGAAGUACAGUAUACUCAGCUACAGAAAUCGCCCUCGAAAAUAAAUUCGGUGAAAUGAUGCCAAACGCUGAGGUGUUCGCGAACAAACCGUUCCUGUUCUUCAUUCAAGACGAGCUGACGAGACAACUGCUGUUCACCGGCCGCGUCUCAGACCCGACCCUCGUCGACGGCGCUUUUAAAGUUGCAUUUACUGUAUUUUUAUUAGUUGCUGUACGAAGUUUCGAUUGCCGCGAAAAUGUUCCAUCAGACAUAUCACGGUUAAACUUUUUUGAUACGGACCUCCUUCGUUAUACUGCUGAAGAUAAGAAAGGAAAUGUUAUGGUAUCACCGGCCAGUAUUAAAUCAAUUCUGGCUAUGAUAUUGGAAGUUACGAGUGGAGAAACAGAGGCUGAAAUUAAAAGCGCAUUGAGAUUGUCACCAUAUAAAGACGAAGUUAGAGAGCAGCUGAACUUAUACUUGAAUGCAUUAUACGCAAAUACUUCAGGAGUCACUCUCCAGAACACCAAUGCAAUAUUUGUAUCAAACAGACUAAAACUCCGAAAGGAUUAUGAGCAAGCUGUACGCAAUAUUUACUUAUCAAAUGUUUAUUCAAUGGAUUUUGGCGACACCGUAAACGCCGCUGAUAUUAUUAAUCGCUGGAUUAACCAUCACACAAAGGGACACAUUCCAGCCUUGGUUCAACCUUUGGAAAUCAACCCAUCUUCGGAAACGUUGUUGACAAACGCGCUGUACUUUAAAGGUACAUGGCGUUAUGCCUUUAAUCGAAAAUAUACGCAUGCCAGUUGCUUUUACAAUGGAGACUCCUGUCAAAAAGUAGCCAUGAUGGAAUUGCAUGAAGAUAUGAAUUAUGCGUACGUCGAUAAUUUGAGGGCUCACGCCUUAGAACUACCAUAUGGUGGUGGACGUUAUUCUAUGUUUGUAUUAGUUCCACACGACCGUACCGGUAUAAAUACUUUAAUCAGAGAUCUUCCAUACAUGAGUCUACCACAGAUAGCAUUAUUAAUGGAAUCCACAAGCGUUCGUCUAUUUAUGCCCAAAUUUACUAUUGACUAUAGCGACAGUAUGGUAGAACCUUUACGAAAGAUGAGGAUCAACACACUAUUUUCGAAAAAUGCAAACCUAUCAGGGAUGUUUGAAAACGGGUCCGCACAAGUGAACAAUUUCUUGCACAAGGUUUACUUGUCAGUUGACGAAACAGGCACGGUAGCUGCUGCAUCCUCUUCAGCGAUGGUUAUACCUCUUAUAGAGGAUGGAGUCCAAUUAAAAGUGGAUAGGCCUUUUGUUUUCUUUAUCAGAGAUAAUGAACUUGAGCUUAUUAUCUUCGAAGGAAAGAUUGAAGAGCCUUCUUUGUAUGUAGAAGAAAAUGUUUUAGUCGAUCCCAUGCAGCAAAGAAACGGACAAUUCCACCAGAACACCGGAAAGUGGCGCAGCGGUUAACAUUAUUUUUAAUUUAUAGAACCAUAUUGGUAAUUGUAAAGUAUCAAAUAAUUAAUAGAAUCAAAUAUGAUUUUAAAUAUUAUA